AUGCACUAUAUUAGUUUUAUUUUAUUUGUUGUACAAAUUUUUUAUUUUAUUGAACAAACUUAUGGUCAUGGUUAUUUAGCUGAUCCACCAGCACGUAGUUCAGCUUGGUUAUUUGAUAGUGAUUUUAAAACAUGUUGUACACAUUAUGAUCAUGUACAAAUGUUUUGUGGAGGAACUCAGCAUCAAUGGACUGUUAAUGGAGGCAAAUGUUCAAUUUGUGGUGAAGCUUACGAUCUUCAACCUAAAUUAUUUGAUGUAGGUGGUGAAAUGUAUCUAGGUAAAAUUGUUCGAACAUAUACACAAGGUUCUGUUAUACCCGUUAAAGUUAUUUUAACAGCAAAUCAUUUAGGUAUAUUCGAAUUUCGUGUAUGUAGCAUCGAUAAUAAUUCAGAUAAAGAUGCUACACAAAGUUGUCUUGAUUUAAAUAUUUUAAAAACAAUAAAUGGAUCAACACAAUAUCGAAUUACUUCAAGUCUUAGUACUGUAAAUCUUCAUUUAAGAUUACCAGAUCAACUUGUAUGUAAACAUUGUGUAUUUCAAUGGAAAUAUCAAACAGGUAAUAGUUGGGGAGUAUCAAAUGGACGAGCUUGUCUUGGUUGUGGAAGAGAAAAUGAAGAAUUUUAUGGUUGUUCUGAUAUUGCAAUUGUUAGUCAAGUUGAAUCAAUUGUUAAUUCACAACCAUCACCAACAACAACAACACUAUCAAGUACUACUACUACUACUAUCCCUACGACUACGAAAGAAACAACAAGACCAUCAAUAAAAUAUCGAAAUUGUACAUCAGUAAUUACGUUUAGUCAAACAUUUGAUAUCAGUACAAUUAUAGAAAUAUAUUGUCAAAUUGUUUGUUCUAAUAACUGUGCUUCGGAUAAUGUAAUUGGUAAUGAAAUACUUUAUAAUAGUUGUGUAGAUUCAUGUAAUAAAUUAUGUGUAUGUCAAUAG